AUGGCAGCAUCAAAAUUCUCUCUUGCUUUGAUCCUUGUCAUUCUCUCAGUGUGGGCCGUUAAUGCUGCCCAUCACCAAGCGGCGGCGGCGCCAUCCCCUUCUUCUGCCUCCGUGGAUUGCUCGUCUCUGAUCUUGAACAUGGCGGAUUGUUUGUCAUUUGUGUCAAGUGGAAGUGAGGUGUCGAAGCCGGAAGGGACAUGUUGCAAUGGCUUGAAAACUGUGCUGAAGGCAGACCCCGAGUGUUUGUGUGAGGCUUUUGAGAGCAGUGCUUCUUUAGGUGUUACUCUGAAUAUCACCAAGGCCUUGACUUUGCCUGCUGUUUGCAAAGUCUCUGCUCCUUCUGCCACCAAUUGCUCAAUAUCUCUCUCUCCUGCUGCAGCUCCAGGUGUCCAACCAUCAACAACAGCAGCUGCCCCCACAGCAUUAUCAGGAGCAAAUGAGGUAGCACCGGCACCAGCUCCCGAUAUCUCAGGCUCUCCAGUGCUUUCUGUUUCAAUCGGAUCUCUUUUCCUAGGCCUCAUUAUUAUGUUAGUCUCUGGGUACUAGGUUAACUGUCAGUAAUAUUUUGAUUGGAGGGCGAGGUAUUCAUAUGAGAGAACAUUUUGAUAUUUAGUUUGUUCGUGGGGGUUAUCCUGAUUAUCAUCUUAAUUUUAGUUUCCCUUUUGUUUCGUCGUGUGGCUCGAGUAGAUAGCAUUCAUUUUGUGGGUCACUGGAAACUCUGUUUUGGGCUUUUUAACCAUCCUUUCUGAUGAUAUUUAGUGGUAUUCUCAAUUCUGUUU